UCGUCAGUCGCUUAUAGCAAAUUAGAAAUAUUUUAUAAUUUUUGAACUCAAGAUACUCUUGAUAACUCUGAAGAUAUAAAGGAUGAAGUGUAAUGCAGGAAACAUUGUAGUGUUUACUUGAUUCUGGUUAUUUAUAUGAACUAAGUGAGUCAAAAUGUUUCUCGAUCAUUUCAACGUAAACCCAACUUUAUUCGACAUAUUUUGCACUUGUACAACUGUUUGGUUGAUCAAGCAUUUGUUCAACUUUAUUAAUCGGCUUCGUAAACUUCCUCCCGGUCCAUGGGGUCUACCUUUUGUGGGUUAUUUGCCAUUCAUUAAAAAAGAUGCUUAUAUUCAAAUGACUGAACUGGCUAAAAAGUAUGGACCAGUUUUCAGCUUCAAAUGUGGUCAGUUCGAUGUGGUUGUGAUAAACGAGGUGAAAGCCAUUGAAGAAGCUUUUAAGAACGAUCAUCUAUUGGCUCGUCCAACUACAAGUUUUAUUCCUGCGUUUAAACGUGCUCCUUCAAUAAUUGAGAUGUCGGGUGAACCUUGGCGGCAGCAGAGACGAGUUGCCCUGACUAUACUUCGCCAUGUUGGUCUUGGAAAAAGUACACUUGAAGAAAAGAUGAAAGAAGAGGUUCGUUACUUCAUUGAAUCUCUAAAAUCAACUCAUGGCGAAAAAAUUGACUUUAGUGAAGUGAUUAAAUCAAGUGUUGCGAAUAUUAUCUCAAUCCUUUUGUUUGGACAUCGAUUUGAAUAUAAUGAUCCAAUGGGAAUUGAAAUGUGUCGUAAUGUGAAGCAAAUUAGUGAUAAUGCUGAAUACUUCAGUAGAUACAUAUUUAUGCCUUUAAUAACUUUUUUCGUUUCCCUGGCAGCUCAAUUCAAUUCUGAACUUAAAAAAGUGACCAUCAAUCAGAGAGAACUAGAAAAGAAAAUCACAAUAGAAGUUGCUAAACACAAGGAAAAGGAUUCAACUCAUGAAAUUGAAGAUUAUAUCGAUGGAUUCUUGCAAGAAAUGGACAAGCAGAAAGAUUCCCACACAAGUUUUAAUAUGGACACAUUGCGGCGGAAUACUGCCGAUUUUUAUAGUGCAGGCUCUGACACUACAACAAUCGUACUGAAUUUCAUCAUGUUAUAUUUAAUUACUUAUCCUGAAUAUCAACAAAAAAUACGAGAUGAAAUCAAACAAACUAUUGGAUCUGAGCGUCAACCUGAUUAUGCAGACAGAAAUUCAUUGCCUUUUACAAUGGCGUUUAUAUAUGAGUCUCUACGAAUGGCAACAAUUGUUCCUCUCAAUGCCCAUAGACGCGCUUCUCAAGACACGAAGAUAAUGAAUUUCUUUAUACCCAAAGAUACAAUAGUUAUUUUGAACUUCUGGUCUGUUCAUCGUGAUCCAAAUCUAUGGAAUGACCCUCUCUCAUUCAAAUCAGAGAGAUUCCUCAGUGAGGAUGGGACAAAAGUGAUUAAGUCACCAAAUUUGAUGGCAUUUAGUGGAGGCAAAAGGAUCUGUCCAGGAUCAACGCUUGCCAUGACAAAGCUGUUUCUUUAUUUGGUUUCAAUACUACAAAACUUUCAAGUGUCAGCUCCAGAAGGAGAUAAAAUAUCUGAAGAAGUGAAAUAUAAUCUCAAUAGGAUGCUUAAAAAACCGAUGAAAGUUCAUUUUCACGUUUAGAAGGAUAGUUAGUUCAGCUUUCUUAAUAAAUGUUCUUGAGUCGGAUCUUAAUAUAAUUCCUGGCUAUGAAUAUUGAAUAAAAUAAAAUCAUUAAUAGUAACUGUGCUA